AUGUUUCGAGCGAACGGAUCGUUUCUUCUCAUGCGGAGAGAUGAACAGAGACGAAUAAUUUCAAGAUAUGUUGAGUGUUUAGACGACGCAUUUCGGGAAUGGCGAAACAUCAGCUACGCUACACCCGAUCAGGAAAGUUUUGUCAACGUCAACUGGCAAAACUUUAGAGAAAAGACAACUGAGGCAAAUGAGUACCCGUAUAUCCUUGAUAUAACAAUGCACGUUCAGCCAAUGCUGAUGACAGUAUGUAGAACUAGGGAGGGAAAGAAAUAUCACUGUCUUGAGUUCAUUAGGAAACUAAAGAGAAUCAAGGGACAGCUUGCGAGCCAAGUUGGUGGUUGCUAUGCGAUGGGUGAGGGUCUACGUUUCGAUGGCAAGAUUGAUCCUACUGCUGACAUGAUUCCUGUGACAAACUACCCUAUGGAAGACUAUCCUGCGAGCAAACGUGGAAUUGGCAGGUCGUCUGGCUCACAACUUCAAGUUACAAUCCCGGAUGACGUUUAUGAAUACGUUGGUAGGUCAUUGAAAGAAAAGCUCAGUCGUCGGGCUGCAAAAUACAAAGAACUAGAGCAGUGGGAGAUAGAAAGAAAUUCCCCUUCGCAAAGGUUAAAGCAAACGCCAUCCCAGAAGCUAAAUAACCACGUGGUAGACGAAUCAUAUCACAAGGGCGGCAAAGAGAAUCAAAAUAAAUUGCUUGGUGGUUUUGCUGUUGAUCGCCCCGAAGUGCUUAGAUCUAGUACUAAUUAUUCUAAUGCUAACUGGCAUGCCUCGGGCGACAUCAUAUACGCACCAGUUAUCCACGAACAUUACGAGAAAUAUGAAAGACGCACAUCUGAGAACGCCAUCGCUGAUCCUGACAACAAGAUUUCCCAACAGGUAAAAAUUGGUAACGACGAUGUAAGUCCCAAGCAUACUAAUAUUUCACAUGGUGAAGUUCCCGUCGCAGAUGAUACAAAAGAGUCUCCUGUCUCAAAGGAAACUAAAGAGACCGUUAUUAAGGAUGUGCAAUUGAAAAUUGAGAUAGUGGCGCCUCCAAAAGAAACAGAAGGCAACUCUUGCAGUACAAGACUGCUCUAUGAUUUGUUUGGGAAACAAGAGGAACGAAUACAAUCUCAAUUAGACGACCUUCAAAAUGAAUUGAAAAAGAUGAGAUCAGAUUUAAUAGCUCCACCUCCAUCCAAGAUUAAUGACACAAAUGAAUUGUUACAAUUGGCCAAAGAUACUAUCUUUGAACAGAAAGAGUUAAACUACCUCAUUAUAGAUGAAUGUAGAGAGAUGAAACGUGGACAUGACGAAGAUAUUCUGGAGGCUAAAAAGGAUUCUCUUGAAGCAAGCAAGAAGAUUGUAGAAGCUGAAAAUAAACGACUGGAAAAAAUGCGAGAAGAGCUAGAAGAAGAAAGUUCAAAGGCAAAAUCUGAUAGAACGAAUCUUGAAUUUGAAAAGAAGUCAGUUGAGAUGAAAAAAGUAUUUCUUACAUCCAGUGAUGAAAUGAAUAAAAUGGAUGAAGCAAAAGUAAAGGAAAACAAAAUAAAACUUGCAAAGCUCAGAAAUGAACAACGACAACAUGAAGAGGAUUUUGAAGAAAUAAAUAGAAGGAGAGAGUUGGAACUUGAAAAGAAAGCAAGAGAAAUAGAUGCACAAUUUUCGGAAAAAGAAAUGGAAUUCAUAAAGAAGGACCACGAAAUUGGUAUGAAAGAGUUGGAAAUGAAAAAGAGAUUUCAAGAUAUUAAUGCCGAAGAAAAUGAAUUCAAAAAGAAAUGGCGGGAUGUGAAUGCUAGAGAGAUUCAGUUCAAUACGAAAGGCCAUGAAAUGAAUUCAAAAGAAUUAGAAUUUAAGAAGAAAGACUUAGAGAUUGAAGCAAAGGAAAAGGAUCUGAAACAACAACAAAUACAAUUAGAAAAUGAUAAACAUGAGUUUGAGAAGAUGAAAGAUCUCGUGGUAACAACUCCUUUAAAACCCAUAGCGAAGAAAAGCGUAUCUUUUGGAAGUAUGAAUCCAAAUGACAGCGAAAGUGAUGACCUUAAGACAUAUGGUAGUGAUGAAGAAGAUGAAGUAACUGAUAUAAAACUUGAUGACGAGUUUGACAAUAUAUUUAAAAUAGCUAGAAAUAAGAAAGAACCCCUCGACAAAAAGCUACUUAAUAAAAAGGAACGCAAAAUACAAAAAGUAUCAAAGGAGGAAGAACGAAAAAGAAAAGAAAAAGCAUUAUUCUAUGCAGAAGAUGAAAGUGUGGAAUCAAAGGAAAAGCAGAACGAUGAAGAGGAAGAACAAUUAAUGGAAAAGCAGAAUGCCGAAGAAGAGCGAAAACUUAUAGAAAAGCAGAAUGCCAAAGAGGAACAGAAAUUAAUAGAUAAGCAGAAUGCCGAAAAGGAACGAAAACUAAAUGAAAAGCAGAAAGCCGAUGAGGAACGAAAACUAAAAGAAAAGCAGAAAGCCGAAGAAGAGCAAAAAUACAUUGAAAAGUUGAAAGCUGAAGAGGUGCAAAAACUAAAAGAAAUACAGGAGCUAGAAGAGAAGAAUAAAGCCGAGGCCGAAAGAAAGAAGGUUGAAGAAGAGAAAAGAAAGGCAGACGAAAGACGGAGACUGAUAGAUGAGGAAGUGAGAAGAAAAAUAGACGAAAGGGUCAAGAAAGAAGAGGCCAAGAAACUUGCAAUUGAGAAGCAAGAGGCUGAAAAGGAAAAAAGAAAACUGGAAGAAAACCAACAAAAAUGGGAAGCUGAGACAAGAAAAAAACGUGAGCAAGAUAGGCAGACACGUUUAGAAGAAACAAAACAAAAAUUAUUGGAGAAAGAAAAAGCGAAGCAAGAAGAAAUAGAUCAGUUGAGAAAGCAGAAAGAAGAAGUUGAGCAAAAGAGACUGUCUAAAGAAGCUGAAAUCAAAAAGAUGGAAGAAGAAGAACGCCGUGAACGAGGAAAAGUACUUGCACUUGAGAUUGAGAAAAUGCGUAAUGCAAACAAGCAGCGACAAGAAGAAAUGAAACAACAAGCUGAACAAGAAAAGAAAGAAAUUGAAAAGAAGAGACUAGAAAAACAAAGAAGAAAAAAUCAAGAAGCAAAAGAAGAAGAAGAAAGACGACAAUUGGCUUUGAGGGAGGAAAUGAGGAGAGCAGAUGAAGAAAGGGAGAGACAAGAUCAACUAAAAAAACAAGAGGAAAAGCGAAUUCAAGAAAAGAAGCUUGAAGAAGAGGAAAAGAAGAAACUAAAAGAGUUAGAAAGAGAAAGAGCACUCGAGGUGUAUGAGGAGGAAGCAAUGAAAGAAGAACAAAAUGAAAGAACUAAGGAAGUCGAGGCAGAAAAACUAAAUGAAGAAAUAGCACAGCUUUCCAAACAAGCAAAAAUAAACGACCCUGCCUUAAAAGACUUUGGUGUUCCUCGCAAGGCUGCAUUCAAACCAGGGCCUUUGAAAUUCUUUCCCGAGGAAGAUGAUCCUAUUGAAAAUAAUCCUAUUUUCAAAGAUGUCCCACGUAAACCUUCCUUUGUGCCUGGACCACUGAUUGACUUCAUUGAAGAUUCUAGUUCUGACGAUAAUGUGGCUGGCCUUCUCUCUAAGGGCAGACACACUGAGAUAGCUCCUAUGUCUUCAGUAAAACUAACCCCACUUGGACUUAAUCCUAAUCCUGAUAGUAUAUCAUCUCUAAUGACUAAAGGAAAGAAUACUUCAACAGAGCCAACCGGUACGUGUGGAACUACUACCUUUAUUAAGAAGAAGAAAAAACAGAAGAAAAACAAAAACAAAUUCCCCGUUGAUGGCGGUUCCAGGAGCCAACGAGACACCUCGCAUUUGGACGGUAGUGUGUUCCAUAAUGAAAGCAAUAUAAUGAUGCAGCAUGGCCCAAGUAGUGGAGGCAUUCAACCAAAAAUGUCAACAUAUGGUAAUGUUAAUUCUACCAAAUUCGGUCCAUUACAGACAACUCCGCAAAUGGCCAAUGGCUCAUACGUUGACGAUGACCUUCUCGAGUCUGAGGAAUCGGGGGAAGGCAUUGAAUUUGGACUUCCACGCCCAGGUCAAAACCCAGAAAGAAUAGGUCUUGGACUUCCACGCUCAGGUCAAAACCCAGAAAGAAUAGGUCUUGGACUUUCACACCCUGGUCAAAGCUCUCAAAGAUUGGGCCCAGUUCCACACAAAAGUGCCAAUCAAGCAAAAACAGGACUUGAAAAGACCCCCUCUGAUCCCAUCGAGGAUAAACCUAAGACGAUUAAAGUUGGAAAAAACCAAUUUAAAUUGACAGAUCCCAAGGGAAAAAAGUUUUCUCCUGCUCUCGGCGCUGUCGGUGGUGUUCCGAGAGGUAGAUCUGUACCUGGGUCCGGUACUAAUGUGGGCUUAAGACCACAUACAAAACUCCUGAAUAGGCGUGGUCAAAAGGUAGAAAAGGAACCCGAAAAACCAAGACGUCCUAAUCCGGAAGACUUACCCCCAGGCGUAGUAACAUUUGCUCAGUUGCAUCCAAGUGUACAAAAACAAAUUCUAAUUGGAAAGAACCCUCGUGAACAGCUGAAAAUAAUGCAUGAAGAAACAUUUGACGCGAAAAACCCAUUGAACCUCCAGCCUGAGGAACCGAUUGAACGUCCACUGCAAUUUGAAGAUUUGAGUCAGGCUGAGCAACAACUACAGGUCAAAGGAAUUGUUGAAAUGAUGUUAGGCGAGGAUUUCUACAAUGCCAACACUGCGAUGAAAGAUAACAUCGUUCAACAAAUUUGCGGGAAUUUUGGAAUCCCAAAAGAUGUCCUCCUAGCAGAAUACCGUGCAACUAUGGCCGAAAUAAGGCGAGCCCAAGCCAGGGAACGUACUUGGGCUACUGAAACUAACAUGUCCUUCCCGAAUAUGAACAGAAGCUAUCACAACAGAAAUGAAUCUGAUAGCCCACUCUCGAUAGAACAUAAAGAUGACUUGACAACAUCACAACGAUCAGCCAGCCCUAUGUUUGUAAAGCCAACACUGAACGUCCCCGAGCCUCUGACACCAAUACAGCAAAUGAUAAUGUCAGCCAACAACAACAACAGCAACAACUUGAACAAGCGUGGAUUACUCGAAGUAACCAAAGUGUUUGGACAUGAAGAAAUCAAUCUAGCUAGGAAAACACAGUCGUUGAAUAAAAACACAAAAGAAAAGACAAAGGAGACAAAACCGUCAAAGACAAUAAAGCAGGGCUUCAAAAAAAUUGGGAAGUCAAUUAAAAAGAAACUGAUGAACAUUGUGGAUAGUGUGAAGCGUGUCAUAGGACAAUAA